AUGUUUAUUCAUGAUCUCUGGCAACUGAAACUGACAUGGGAUGAAGCAUUACCAGCCGAUUUGAAUGAGAGAUGGACCACAUUUCGAAAUGAUUUGCAAAAAUUGGACAACAUGCAAGUUUCACGGCACGUGUUUGAAGGAUACAUCUUAGCAAAAAUUCAAAUUCAUGUCUUCUCUGACGCAUCAGAAAAGGCGUAUGGUGCUGCGAUUUACACUAGAUCCGAGAUGGAUGAAGGACGUGUACAAGUAAGGCUGCUCUAUGCAAAAUCACGUGUGGCACCCUUGAAACGGCAAACUAUUCCUCGGCUUGAGCUCUGUGCAUCAGUACUGGGUUCUCAACUAACUACAAGGGUCAAAUCAGACCUUAAGCUGGACGAUGUGGCUACAUACUUUUGGACUGAUUCACAAAUCGUGUUGGCAUUGAUUAACUCAUCCUCAGCAUACCGUAUAGCUGUUAUUCAUGAGCACACUACCGCUGAAUAA